AUGGAUUUAACAGUCGAUCCAAAUUUACAUUCUUUGAUUAAUUCUACUACUCACAGAUGGAUUUUUGUCGGUGGUAAAGGUGGUGUUGGUAAGACUACUUCAUCAUGUUCGAUUGCUAUCCAGAUGGCCUUGUCUCAACCUUCGAAGCAAUUCUUAUUGAUUUCAACAGAUCCUGCUCAUAACUUGAGUGAUGCAUUUGGUGAAAAGUUUGGUAAGGAUGCUAGAAAGGUUACUGGUAUGGACAAUUUGUCAUGUAUGGAAAUUGAUCCAUCUGCUGCCUUGAACGAUAUGAAUGACAUGGCAGUUUCUCGUGCUAAUGAAAAUGGCAAUGGUGGUGAUGGCUUGUCUGAUAUAUUACAAGGUGGUGCUUUAGCUGAUUUGACAGGUUCAAUUCCAGGUAUUGAUGAAGCUUUGUCAUUCAUGGAAGUUAUGAAACACAUCAAAAACCAAGAAAAUGGUGAAGGUGACCGUUAUGACACUGUUAUCUUUGAUACUGCUCCAACUGGUCACACUUUGAGAUUUUUACAAUUGCCAAAUACUUUAUCUAAACUAUUAGAAAAAUUUGGUGAGAUUACUGGUAAAUUGGGUCCAAUGUUAAAUUCUUUGGCAGGUGCUGGUAACGUAGAUAUUAGUGGUAAACUAAAUGAAUUGAAGGAAAAUGUUGAAAAAAUUAGACAACAAUUUACUGAUCCUGAUUUAACUACAUUUGUUUGUGUUUGUAUUAGUGAAUUCUUAUCAUUAUAUGAAACUGAAAGAUUGAUCCAAGAAUUGAUCUCAUAUGAUAUGGAUGUAAACUCUAUUAUUGUUAAUCAAUUGCUAUUUGCAGAAUAUGACGCCGAACACAACUGUAAGAGAUGCCAAGCCAGAUGGAAGAUGCAAAAGAAAUAUUUGGAUCAAAUAGAUGAAUUGUACGAAGACUUCCAUGUCGUCAAGAUGCCAUUGUGUGCUGGUGAAAUCAGAGGUUUGAACAACUUGAAAAAAUUCUCAGCUUUCUUAAACAAAGAAUAUGAUCCUGUAGCAGAUGGUAAAGUCAUUUACGAAUUGGAAGAAAAAAAUUGA